CACAUCGCCAUCGCUCUCAAGCAGGCUCUUGACGUGUUCAAUGUUAGCGGCGUCACCGGCAGUCCCCAUGUGCCAGCCUUGCAGGUCAAUGUCAGCGGUCUCUCGGCGGUGUUGAGCAUGAUCCGGAUGUGUGCUCUGUACCGUAUUAUAAGUGCUGAUUCUCAUGUUCAAGCCAGAACUCGCGCGCGAAUGUCAAAAUCGAGUUAACUAACGCCAUCGAAGAGUAAACCAAGACGGUGAACAAGUACAUGGGACUCAGAGGAUCUAAUAUAUCACCUGAGCUGGAAACGGCGGCCAACGAAAUGCUCUCGUGAGUCUAGUGCUAGUGGUAUUGCUUGUGGACGCCUACAUGGCACAGAUCGUGGGAGGUGAUCAACGACGAGGCUGUGGAGAUCGAGUCGCGGCGCGAGUCGUUGAGAAUUAUGGAUAGCAUGAAGGACCAUGACGCUGGAAAAGUCGUCGCAUUCAUGCGAGAUCUAUCCCGGUCGAUGGAGAAAUUCAUGCGUUUGCUUCCCCGUCUGAUAGACGGCGAAUUGUUUCCCCGCCAUUGGGAGCGGCUUCCCACUGAGCUGCGCGACCACAUCUACGGCCUCCUGCCGAGAUCCGACCGCAAAACCGGCUUCUCAGCACUGUCCCUAGUCUCGCAUACCUGGUGCCGACGCUUUCGUCCUCGCCUCUUUGCCCGGCUUACGCUGAUAACUGAGGGAGAUGAUCGCACGCUAUACGGCAUGGUCCGGUCCCCGCUGUCGGCCUGGCUGGCGGAGCACAUCGCCGUCCUGCAUUUCGACAGGAUUGGCCCUCGUGGUUAUCCACUCUGGACGGCUCUCCUCCGCCUCCUCCCCGUGUGCCACGACGUCUGGCAUGAUUUCGGUGGCAAGCCCGUCCGCGUGUCGCUGUCGCACAGCGCAGGUCUGAAGAGCUCGUUGCGGAGCAUCACCUCCUUGACACUCCGGUAUUGCAACUUCCCGUCAUUCCGAAUCCUGCUCCGCAUACUAGCCGACAUCACCUACCUGGAAGAAGUUGAUCUCAGCGGGGUCACAUGGUCGGGUGACGGACUCACAACAGCUGACGCCGCGAGCAAUGUCUGCACGGGUGCCUUCAGCCAUGUCCGCUCAGUCAUCAUGUGGAACUACACGAACAACGUGGCAGUGGCCGCAUGGAUCCUGGCGGCCGCGAGCACACGACACUCGUUCACCAGACGUCGGACGGUAGGGCCAGCAGUCCCUGCAGAGACAUGGGCCAUCAUCGACCUCAUCCAGAUGUUCUUCAAGGACGACGGCGAGCUCCUGACUGUAGGUUUUGAUGUCAAGGAGGCGACGGCAGAUACUUACAGAUUUGUUGGUUCCCUACCUUCCGCAUACAUCUCAGUCCGGGUUGUCAAGUCUGCACUUGCCGCCGGCGCCAACGAGGCCUGGUCUGUCCGCCAAAUCGUUCUCGCUGACUCAGAUAAAAGGUAUUUGAAUUUGCACCAGUAUUUCCACUCUCGCGAUUGGUCCGCGCUCGCUUCCCUUCCGCCCGCGUUUCCAAAAUUACAACAGUUCCAAGUCCUCUGCGGGGAGAUGUAUUCAGAAGAGGACUUCCGCGCUCUCUCUGACAAGGUCGCAGAGGCCAUGAACAACCACACGCAUCCGCCCGCCACGCUUCAACAUGACCGUGACCUGCCAGACGUGAGAUACUUGCAGCCUGCGCUGUUUGAUCUAACCGAGGCGGAUGUGGAGGCAGGGCGAGAGGAAGUGAGACGACGACGAGUCAAGGAGAGAGAAGAGAGAGAAGAAAAGCGACGCUUACUCGUGGCACACGAUUCCGACUCCAAGAGCGAGAUGGAUUGACCGGCGUUUGCUGAUCAUAUGUCCAGCAUCCUUGUCUAUUCUUGUUUGAUCAUCGUUAUCGUAAUUUCACGGUCGCUCAUAUGCUGUCUUGCCUUCGUUCUCAUGCACCCCUUGCGCUUGUAUGGCCUAGUAGAAUCAAUAUUAAC